UUACCGAUAAUUGAUAGUUAAUGUGAAAAUAUUGACAUGCCUUCUUUUUGUGCAGUGUUUGGGUGUUCUAAUAGACACGACAGGGAAAAUGACAGAUCUUAUUAUCGGUUGCCUAAGGUUAUAACACAUCAGGGAGAACAAACCAAAAAGUUGUCACAGGAUCGUAGAGAGAAAUGGCUGUCAAAUAUAGCGCGAGAUGACCUUAAACCUUCAAGCUAUGACAACCUGCGAAUAUGCUCGGAUCACUUUAUCAAAAAACCGGCAGACCUCUAUGACCAACUUAAUCCUGACUGGGCUCCAACUGUUAAGAUGGGCCACAUUCGUACAUUCAUGUCCCCAUCCCCAUCCAAAUCUAGAUACAACCGCUCACUUAACCGGUCGGUAAGGAAACAGCACACUGCCGCAGCAAUGAGUCUACUCGAACUGCGAUGUUCUACCCCAGAAUUGGAAUCAGAAGAUGUUGAUGUUGGUGUGAUGGAGUCAGGGACUUCAACACAAACAGACAUUGACAAAAAUCUGCUUACUGCCAUAGAGAGUGAGCUUCAGGUACUACAGAAGGAAAACCGUGAAAUGAAAGCCAUGUUAGAAGAGAAGAAACUUGAUGAAUCAUUCUUUCGGAAUGAUAGUGCAAAGGUUAAAUAUUAUACAGGCCUACCAGACUUUACAGUUCUACAAGCAUUGUACCAUUAUGUAGAGCCAGACAUUACACUAACCCACAAAAGUGCACUGAACAAAUUUCAGAAGCUUAUAAUAGUGUUGAUGAAACUGCGUCUGAACACUUCAAACCUUGAUCUUGCGAUUCGGUUCGGUGUAUCAGACUCAACUGUGUCAAGAGUCUUUCAAUCAGUGAUUGACGUCCUGAGUGUUGCCCUUCGACCAUUGAUACACUGGCCGGACAGGGAGUCAUUGAAAAAAACAAUGCCAAUGAGCUUCAGAACUCACUUCGGAACCAAAGUGUCUGUGAUAAUUGACUGCUUUGAAGUGUUCAUGGAAAGGCCUUCAAAUCUAAAAGCACGUGCAGAGACCUGGUCAAAUUAUAAGCACAGCCACACUGCUAAGUACUUAAUAGGCAUAGCGCCUCAGGGUGUCAUUUCCUUUAUUUCAAAUGGUUAUGGCGGCCGAGCAAGUGACAAAACCAUCACUGAAAACUCUGGAAUACUCGACAAACUUGUUCCCGGAGACCUCAUUUUGGCUGACAGGGGCUUUGACAUCCAGGAAAGUGUGGGAACAAUGUGUGCCCAAGUGUACAUUCCGGCAUUUACUAAAGGUAAAGCCCAACUUGGUGCCUUGGAUGUGGAGAAGACACGGAGGAUUGCGAACAGUCGGAUCCAUGUAGAAAGAGUUAUUGGACUUGUUCGCCAAAAGUACCAGAUCCUGUCUUCUAAAGUACCCCACGACUACCUCCAGACAGAUGAAGACAAGACACUUGCACUGGAUAAAAUAGUUCAUGUCUGUUGUGCACUCACCAAUAUGUGUAACUCUGUUGUACCAUUCAACUAAUGUCUUACUGCCAGCGCAUUGAAAUCAUGACUUUUGUCACUUCUUUUGUGGUUGCAAACCUAAGGUUUUUCAUGCUUUAAUGUUGCUUUAAAUAAUGUAUGACAAUGUGCUGCAUAGGUAAUCAAAUUAUUUAUAUAUGUCUGAUAAUGUGCUUUUUUCAUCAAGUGCCUUUUUCAUAAGUUAAAACAACUGCUGUGUAAUGUAGUGUAUAUAUUGUAUAUAGCUCUGCAAUGUGCUCUUUUUUGUUACUUCUUAUUUAAAGGUUAAAUUUUCAUAAAUUUAUUUUAUUCUCUUUUUUCAGUUUGAAAUAAAAUUUUAAUCUAUAAUAAGUUAUUUGAUGAAAUCAUUUUUAUCACUAGUUUUUUUUAACAAUUGGUGUAUUUUUCAUAUCUAAACAGUUGUUACCAAUAGGGCUCUUAU